UGCCUUGAACAUGAUGCAUCACGCUGUGAUGGGGGACGUGUUUGGGGCACAGGACGCGUUCAACCAGGGCGAAGCCCGAACAGCCGCUGGCCAGAGAUGCUCAGGCUGGGAAUUCCGCUGCAACCCCAGCAACCUGGAGCCCUCCAGCGAGGAGGAGGAGGAGGAGGAGGAGUGGACUGACUACAGCCAGAAUUGUGACAUUCCCAAUGAGAACAGCAACCUUCAGUACAACUUCUGCGGGUUCAAGAAGUCUUUUUUGUGCAAGGAUUCUGUGUCUGCUCACUCACCCCAGAGCUUCCUAGACACAAAAAUGCACUUUGAAAACCUGUCUUGGAAGCCGCAGGUUACAGCUGAGGAAGCAGAGAAAAAUGCGAAGGAGCUGGUGGCAGAGGAAGAGCGAAUGAAAAAGAAAGCUGAGAAAAGGAAACUCAAGAAAAAGAAGCAGAAAGACCGGAAGAGAGAAGAAAAAUUGUUGCAAAAGCUCAAAAGCGAGCAGGAGGCUGAACCGAGUUCAUCGUCUCUGAACAGUGCUGUAGCUGCUGGUAACAGUGAUAACAGCAGUGCUGAGAAGGUGAAGGACUGUCCAGAGUCCAGCCCCUCUCAGUCCCUUGGGGAGAGUGCAGCCUGCCCUGAAGAGGAGGGAGCAGGAGGCCCAGAGGCCAGCACGGAGGAGGAGAUGGAGGACGAGCUGGACUUGAGCUGCACCUUUGUCUCCAAAGCGUGGCAGAAAGCAGGUGUGAAGCUGCCAGCACCUGGGAAGGAGAAACCGGCCAAAACUGAUGAUGCAGAGCCAAGCAAGAAGCCCCAGGAGAAAGCGCCCGAGCCCUCGCCGCCGUGCUUGGCUGCCCCACAGGCGCCUGAGCCUGUGCCCCUGGACACAAGUGUGGUGGAGCAGAGCCUGAUUCUAGCAGGCUGUGGGAACGAGGCUGCCCAGAACGGUCGCUACACGGAGGCAGUGCAGGCCUUCACGGAGGCUGUGAAGCUGAAUCCCAGGGAGUACCGGCUCUUUGGGAACCGCUCAUACUGCUAUGAGAAACUGCAGCAAUAUGAGGAGGCUCUCAGGGAUGCAGAGGUGUCUCUUGGUCUCCAGCCUAAAUGGCCCAAAGGCUUCUUCCGCAAGGGCAAGGCCCUGAGGGGACUGAAGCGCUACGCCGAGGCUGUGAGUACGUUUGAGGAGCUGCUGCGCCUGGAUGGCUCCUACGCUGAUGCGGCUGCCCAGCUGAAGGACUGCCGGGCCCUGCUGCAGCAGACCAGCUCUAGCAGUGUGAGCAGCCCUGAGGGUGUCCCGGUACAGUCGCUGCUGGAAACUGGGGAGCCUUCACUGCCUCUGUCUGCAGGGGAGUGGACAAGUGGAAGCUGCUGUGACACAGACAGGAACGGGUUUGUGAUUGUCACAAACUCAAGGAGCCAUUCGAAAGGGCUGGCCCGGGCAGCAGUUCCAGCUAGCAGCAAGCAGACCUUGCCUCCAAAGCAUCCAGCCAGGGACUGCUAUCCUUUGUGGGUCGGGAACGUCACCGCCAGGAUCACCGAGAAGGUGCUGCAGAGCUCCUUUAGCCAGUUUGGGCAGAUCCGCUUUAUCCGGAUGCUCCCAGAGAAACACUGUGCCUUUAUCAACUUCACGCAGAAAGCAUCAGCGGAAGCGGCCUACAGGACCAUGCUGGGUGCUGAUAUGGAAGGGACCAAGCUGGUGCUGCAACUCAAACACCCUUCCCACGCAACGCCACCCCCCAGCAGCGCCCAGAGACUCGCCGUGAAGUAGGUGCCUCCGUGGAAGCCCUCCUAGCCAGGACGUCUCGUGAGCUUACGGGGAGCGGAGCUGCGCCCUGUACAUCUUACACCGCUGGGAUGGCAUGGAGGAGCUGGGCCUUAGUGCUGCCACUAAGUGUCCUUGGCAGCUGGCCCCAACAGACUGCCAUGGUGGGCCAGUGUGCGGCUCUGUGCUGUGUCCUGUCUUGGGAGGACGCGCAGCUCUGAGUCUCUGCUCCCCAGGGAGCCAGCUGGAGUGCCCGCUGGCUUGGAGCGCCCGGCCUGGCAAAGCUGCAGCGGUGAAGACAACAGCCCCUUGCGACACUUGCCCCUGAGCUGUGGACUGGCAAAGAAGCGGGCACAGCAGCACUCAGACCUUCGCAUCUCAUUUCUGUGGGAGCCUGGGGCUUUCUGCUCAGCUCCCCCCGGGUGGGCGGCUGAGCGCUCUCUGAGAGCCUGGUGCCGGUGGCGCUCGGGCAUCCUGCACCAGGCAGGGGCUGCCUUUGCAGCGGUGUCUUGUGGCUCCGCGUUGGGAUGUUGGAGCUGGGGCAUGCGCUCCAGAGGUGCCUUCCCCGCUGCCAUGGGAGGGCUGAGGCUCAGUGGGGCUGGGGGAGGCCGGUGCCCAGGGAGAGCUGGGGCUGCCUCGUGGGGGUGGCCCGCAGCAGGGCCCCUGCUCUCUUGUAGCCCGGCACUAAGUGAAGCCCGCAGCUCUGGGGGUGCAGUGCAGGGAGAUGCGGCCAGGGGCUCUGCAGGUAGGAGGGCCUGCC